GUGAGUUGUGACGUUCGUUCUGCCUGUUUUAUUAGUUCACAAUAUUGAAUGUUUCUUACUGGUUGACGAGUCUUAUAAUUUAUUUUAAUUGAUGAACUAGUUUAUAAAUUAGUGUUUACAACUGGUUUGGAUUUACAAAAGAUUAGUCUUGUUAAUAUUGUUAAUUAAUUACAAUACUGGGCAUACAUUCUCAGUGUAAGUUAGAAAGUUUUAACAUGUUCUCUGCCCUUAAGAAAUUAGCAAAAGGCAACGAUGAACGCUGCACUGCUCCAGUACCCAUGUCCUCCUCUUUACAAAAGAAGUUUUCGCGUGGAGUUCACUUUAACAUGAAAAUAUUGAUUAAAGGAGACCGAAAUGUGGGCAAAUCUUGUCUGCUGCAAAGAUUGCAAGGUGGACCUUUUAUAGAAGAAUAUGUUCCUACUGACCAAAUUCAGGUGGCUCCUAUACAUUGGACCUAUAAAAAUACUGAUCACAUAGUAAAAGUUGAAGUGUGGGAGGUAGUAGAUAAAGGCAGAACUAAGAAGAAAUCUCCUCUAGGGCUGAAAUUAGAGAACCAAGCUUCGGUAGCCCAGGAUGAAGGUUAUGAUACGCCAGUACUGGAUGCAACAUUUCUUGAUGUGUACAAGAAUGCAACUGGUGUUAUACUGAUGCUUGAUAUCACCAAACCUUGGACAUUCGAAUAUGUUGUGAAGGAGUUGUCGCGGGUGCCCGCCGACCUGCCCGUGGUGGUGCUCGGAAACCACUGCGACAUGCAGCACCACCGCCAGGUGCACCCCCACCACAUCGAGCAGGCGCUCGAGCAGGCUAAGCUGAACAGGACGGCAGCAGUACGGUACGCGGAGUCCUCCAUGAGGAACGGCUUCGGGCUGCGCUUGCUGCACAAGUUCCUGAGCGUGCCGUUCCUGCGGCUGCAGCGGACCAGCCUGCUCGAGCAGCUGCAGAGGAACCAGAAGGACGUGGAGGAGACGGAGAAGGAGCUGGACGACUUCCAAAAUUCGGAGGAGUCCCACUACAAUCUAUUCCUGGACCGGCUCGCCAACAAGCGCCGUCAGAGCCAGGGCGCGCCCGAGCCGCGGCCGAGCAACGAGCGCUCGCCGAGCAUCGUGCUGGGCGCCGGCAAGCCCAUCGUGCCGCCCGCCGUCAACCCGCUGUUAGCGCAGUCCCUGAACCCGUUGGGCAUCAAAGCACAGCACGGGCCGCCGUCGCAGACCCAGUACGUGAGUCCGGAGCUGAUGAAAACGCGGCCAACUGUCAGCACGAACUAUGCGCCCUCGAGACUUAACCUCCCAGCGAGCGAGCAGAGCACACGCUCCGGUGCCAAGUCCCCGUCGGGUACCCUGGACGAGUUCUACGCGGGCGCGCUGGACAGCAGCUUCCUGGAUGAUCUCGCGCCUGCGUCCAAUCAGGAACUCACCUAUGAGAGCGACAGUGAUGAUGAAACGACGAACCCAAAGGUGACCAUUGAACAAGACGACGUGGACAUCGACUACGCCGCGAUGAUCCAAGAGCUAGCCUCCGAGCAGGUUAAGCCGUUGCCCGAGCCCCUGGAGGAGCGGUUCACGCAACUGAACGUGGAGUACUCGCCGCCCGAAGGUGACGAGCGCUCUAUGGAGAGCGAGUUCCCGCUUUGGGCCGGCGAUGCCAGCGCGAGGCGGUCGCCGGAAGGAGGGGAAGAUCCCGACGUUGGUAAAGAAACGGAGGUCAAGACUGAGAAAAAACACAAAAAGAAAAAGUCUAAAGACAAAGGCGACUACUCUGAGAAAACGGAGAAGAAAGAGAGAAAGAAGCACAAAAAAUCUAAGAGCGAAAAGAAGACAGCAAAUCCACAGGCGGCCCUACUGGACCCCACACCGGUCGACGGCUUCUACGAGGACGGCGAGUACGACUCUCUAUGAGUUACACGUUCACUCUGAUUCUUGCUUUACACUUGUAAGGACAGUUUAUUACAACGAACAACAGUGGCAUGUUGAGACAAAAUGUGCGCAUAAAUUGAA